ACAGCUGCUCCAACCACAACCACAGCUGCUCCAACCACAACCACAACUGCUCCAACCACAACCACAGCGGCUCCAACCACAACAACAGUAGCUACAACUACAACCACAGCUGCUCCAACCACAACAACAGCUACUCCAACCACAACCACAGCAGCUACAACCACAACCACAGCUCCUCCAACAACAACCACACCUGCUCCAACCACAACCACAGCAGCUACAACCACAACCACAGCGACUCCAACAACAACAACAGCUGCUCCAACGACAACCACAGCUGCUCCAACUACAACCACAGCUGCUCCAACCACAACCACAGAGGCUCCAACAACAACCACAGCUGCUCCAACCACAACCACAGCGGCUCCAACCACAACCACAGCAGCUACAACCACAACCACAGCAGCAACAACUACAACCACAGCGGUUCCAACAACAACCACAGCGGCUCCAACCACAACCACAGUAGCUACAACCACAACCACAGCUGCUCCAACUACAACAACAGAGGCUCCAACCACAACCACAGCUGCUCCAACCACAACCACAGCGGCUCCGACAACAACCACAGCAGCUACAACCACAACCACAGCGGCUCCAACCACAACCACAGUAGCUACAACUACAACCACAGCUGUUCCAACCACAACCACAGUAGCUACAACCACAGCUGCUCCAACAACAACCACAGCUUCUCCAACCACAACCACAGCGGCUACAACCACAUCCACAGUAGCUACAACCACAGCGGCUCCAACAACAACCACAGCUGCUCCAACCACAACCACAGCUGUUCCAACUACAACCACAGCUGCUCCAACCACAACCACAGAGGCUCCAACCACAUCCACAGCAGCAACAACUACAACCACAGCGGCUCCAACAACAACCACAGCGGCUCCAACCACAAUCACAGCGGCUACAACCACAACCACAGUAGCUACAACCACAACCACAGCUGCUCCAACUACAACCACACAAUCACCAACUACAACAACAGUUUCUACAACCACAACCGCAGCUCCUCCAACCACAACCACAGUUGCUCCAACUACAACCACAGAGGCUCCAACCACAACCACAGCUGCUCCAACCACAACAACAGCGGCUCCAACAACAACAACAACAACAGCUACAACCACAACCACAGCUGCUCCAACCACAACCACAGCAGUUCCAACCACAACGGCUCCAACCACAACCACAGCAGCUCCAACCACAGUGGCUCCAACCACAACCACAGUAGCUCCAACAACAACCACAGCGGCUCCAACCACAACCACAGCAGCUACAACCACAACCACAGCAGCUACAACCACAACCACAGUAGCUACAACCACAACCACAGCUGCUCCAACCACAACCAUAGCAGCUACAACCACAACCACAGCAACUACAACCACAGCUCCUCCAACAACA